GUUCGACAAACAAAAAUUUCUAGUCACACUAACAAUGUCUGAUGUGGAAGUGGAUCCACAGCCGGGUCUACCCGUGGUGGCCAUAGCCCCGAGGAGGCGUCGCCAAAGCGGUCGUCGCGGAGGAGGAGGCUGCCAGGCCAUGCAGGAGGCCGGGUCCUCGUCCUCAUCUUCAGCCUCGUUGCCGCCAACUCGCUUUUGUCCCCUGCCCGAGGGCGUCGAGGACAACUGGACGUGGAGCAAGCGGCAUCGCUCCAAGGAGGUGGUGCUCAGCGGACCCAAUUCCCGAACGGUGCACUUCCAUCCCAACUGGAGCAAGGGCACCGCCGGCGUCCAGGGCAAGCGAUCCCUGAACAAUGGUCGCUACUACUGGGAGUUGCAUGUCUCGCAGCGCGUCUUUGGCACCUCGAUUAUGUUUGGGAUUGGGACCAAGUCCGCCCGGCUCCAUGCCAACGCCUUCCGAAACAUGCUGGGCGAGAACGAGCACGGCUGGGGACUGUCCCACAAGGGCGUCCUUUGGCACAAGGGCGUUGCCCUGCUGUACACGAAGCGCUUCCGCGAAAACCACCCCACCCAGAUCGGAGUACUCUUCGAUGGCAUAGAGGGUACACUCACGUAUUACAAGGAUGGCAAGUGCCUGGGCGUCGCCUUCAGAGGAUUGGAUCAGAUUGAUGAACCCCUGUACCCCAUCGUGUGCUCCACGGCCGCCAAAACGGAGAUGACUCUGAAGUGCACCCGGAGGGAGUUCGUCAACCUACAGGAUCGCUGUCGGGCGGUAAUAAUGCGGCGGGUGCGCAGCGCAUCGCAGCUGGAGAAGCUGAAGCUGCCGCUGCCCAUCAGCGAUUAUCUGGGGGAGGUGAUCGACGAGAUGGAGCCCCUGCGUCAGGUCAAUGAGCUGGAGAUGUGCAUAAUGAAUUAUGAUUUGUAAGCGGCCCGUGAAUCUGUUUUGUGCCAUCAGAAUGGAGCGCACUCCGCAUCCGCGACGAUGCAGUGCCUCUGGGACAUGUAAAUUUCUCGUAGUAGUUGUAUAGAGUGCUUUGUGUACCCGUAUUGUUAAGCAUCUGGUAUUAUCAAAAUGUGGAUAAACCGAUUUUCAGUUUUGUUUUUAGCUUUUUGUUGAAAAUUUCUAGCAAAAAUGUGGGGAAAUAGGCCAAUUCGGUGCAAUAUUUGUGAUAUAAGGAAGGAGAGUAAAUGAAAUCGUAUUUUGGAGCUUCAAGUGCUUGCUAGAGAACCGCAAAAUAAUUUAGAGCUAAGCAUAUUUUCCAGUACAGACGAGUGUGAAAUCUAGUCAAAAAGAACACGCUGCUAAACUAAUUUUGUAUAAUCGCAGUCAGCAAAUUAAAGUCUAAGUAAUGUAAUUUAAUAAAACGACAACGUUUCUAGUCAUAUAUUGCAAAUAAAGCAAAUGAAAAAUGUAAAAACUUGUAAGCACAUGUAAAAGUCCAGCACUUAAACCGUAAAUAAUUUAGUAAAAAUUAUUUAUUAUGAUUUUUGUAGAUUUUUUUUGUGUCUAUAUAAAUUACUACAUAUAAUGUAAUUGGUACAUGACAAACCAGACAUUGGACAUGAAAAUGAAAUUCGUGAGAAGCGCUCAAAACAAUUUAGCGAUAUUGAUUUGAAAUUACAUAAAUAAAACAUAAAUUUACUAACUA